AGCCGCCUCGAGAACAACGUGGCAAUAUUUAAAUAUCCGGUAGCCUUGCGUCCGGACAGUUGCCGCUGUCUACUCGGUGCACGAUCAUCGAAGGGAUAAUCUUUUUCCCUCGUCGGAGUGAUCUCCAUCUUCUCCAACAUGGAUCUCAGGGAAUCGAUCGUCCACCAAACGAGCUUCUCUCUGCAGCUCGCGCAGCUCGUCGGCUCCUCCCUCGCAAGCGACUCUAACCUCGUCUUUUCGCCAAUCUCGAUCCACACUGCCCUCGCUCUCGUCGCCGCAGGAUCGAGUGGCGAAACCCAGAAGCAGAUCCUCUCCGUGCUUAGGUCGGGCUCUGCCGGCGAUCUAAGCGCUCUCUCCUCCCAGAUCGCCGACGUCGUCCUAAAGGACGGGUUUCCUUUGGGCGGGCCCAGACUGGCAUUCGCUAAUGGCGUCUGGGUCGAUGCAUCGCUUUCGCUCAAAUCAACUUUCAAGGAGGUAGUUACAUCUGCUUACAAGGCUGAGACCAAAGCUCUCGAUUUCCAGGCGAAGGCUGAUGAAGCUAGACAAGAAGUAAACUCCUGGGUUCAAAACUUAACCGGUGGCCUUAUCAAUGAGCUUCUUCCAUCUGGAUCUGUGAAUAAUAUGACCAGACUUGUACUUGGAAAUGCGCUUUAUUUUAAAGGACCCUGGAAUGUAAAGUUUGAUGCAUCUCAAACCAAAGAAGCUGAUUUUUUUCGACUUGAUGGAAGAACCAUUCAAGCUCCUUUUAUGACAACCAAAGUGAAGCAGUAUAUCUCUGCUUAUGAUGAUUUUAAAGUUCUCAGAAUGCCUUAUAAGCAAGGUGAGGAUGAGAGGCAGUUCUCUAUGUAUAUUUUCCUGCCAGAAGCUCGGGACGGCCUCUCUAGUCUUGCAGAAAAGCUGAAUUCUGAAUCAGGAUUCUUGAACCACCAUAUUCCUCAUCAGAAGGUUGAAGUUGGAAAAUUCAAAAUUCCAAAAUUCAAAAUUUCUUUCGGUUUCGAGGCAUCCGAUCUGCUUAAAGCCUUGGGCUUGGUCUCGGCCUUCGGUGUGGAUGCUGAGCUGACAGAAAUGGUGGAUUCAUCUGUGGGACGAGACCUUUCUAUCUCUUCAAUUCAUCACAAAUCCUUUGUGGAAGUGAACGAGGAAGGAACUGAAGCAGCUGCUGCUACUGCUGCUGUGGUUAUGUUAAGAUCUGCUUUCAUAUCACGUGAACCUUUGGACUUUGUCGCUGAUCAUCCAUUUCUUUUUGUGAUCAGAGAAGACAAGACUGGAGUUGUGCUUUUCAUUGGGCAUCUGUUGAAUCCUCAAACCGCAGUCUAAAUUUAGAAGUGUUCGUACUAUCAAGCAAAAUAAAAUAGAAAACGAGAGCCACUCUUUAAAUAGGUGAGGAUCACCCUUUUAUUAUCUUUAUUUUGUGUCAUGACCCCUUCUCAAAGUGUCUGUUUUUGGUUGAACUAAUCUGUGAUUACUUUUGAAAAGUGUAGCUUUUGGUGAGUAAAAUGCUUGUCCUUGUUUCUUCA